AUGGCUGAGUACGAUCUUACGAAAACUAUUAGUCAGUAUUUGGACAGACAUCUUGUGGUCCCUCUGCUUGAAUAUCUUUCUGUGAAAUAUCUUUAUGACAGUGAUUCAAUUUUGAGAAGCAAACUUGAACUCCUCAUGAAAACAUCAAUGGUGGACUUUACAUGCUUUACAUAUCAAUCACUUCACCAUGUCAGUGAUGUGCCUGAGGAGCUUAUUCAAAAACGUCAAGAAACUCUUGAUCGCAUACGCGUAAUGGAGGAGAAGAUGGCCCCUAUUGAUAAAAUUUUUAGUACAGAAACAAUGAAAGAGAUGGUGCAGUGUAAAAUUGCCAAAGAACUUUUUCAAAACCUUGAAGCCAAGUAUGGGUUCAAGCCUGAAAUGCUUGACGACAUGUUCGAAGCCGCCCAAGUAUUUUACGACAGCGGCCUGUAUGAUACGGCUUCUGAUUACCUUCGAAUUAUCCGCCAGCUUGUUAGUCCAUCAGACAAGAGACAUCUCCAUGCUUGUUGGGGGCGAUUAGCUGCGGAAAUCCUUGUCCAAAAUUGGGACGAGGCCCUUGAUGACGUUGAAAAACUUAAAGACGCCAUCGAUUGCCAGAGUGAUGAUCGGGCAAUUGUCUGGAGAGGAAAGCUUAUGUUAGCUAUUUCGCUAAACUCGAUUUCUUUAUGCUUGCAGUUUCGCCCUUCUGCAGAAACAUACCUAUUCCAACUGCAGCAACGAACGUGGCUUUUGCACUGGUCUCUAUUCGUGUUCUUCAAUCACAUCCAGGGAAAAGAAAAGUUAAUUGAUUUCUUUUUAAAUAAUCCCAACCAUUUGAACGCUAUUCAAACACUGACACCACAUCUUCUGCGCUACCUAGCUGUCUGUGUAGUAAUCAGCACUGAUAAGAGAAAAAAGACUCAGCUUCGUGACGUUGUACACUUGAUUCAGCAAGAAUCCUAUAUUUACCAGGACCCCAUUACAGAGUUCUUGGAGUGCCUCUACGUUAAGUUCGAUUUUGAUGGGGCUCAGCAGCAACUCAAGAUCUGUGAAACGGUUAUUCCAAAUGACUUCUUCUUGACGGGUUGCUAUGAGGACUUCAUGGAAAAUGCGCGGCUGCUCAUGUUUGAAGCGUUCUGUCGCAUCCAUAAUUGCGUAGGAAUUAAAAUGUUGGCUGAAAAGCUCAACAUGAAUGUUGAAGACGCAGAGAGUUGGAUUGUCAAUCUCAUUCGAAAUGCUGAAAUGGAUGCCAAGAUAGACUCUAAAAAGGGUCUCGUAUUUAUGGGAACCCACACGGUGUCUCCGUAUCAGCAGGUCGUUGAGAAAACACGAAAUGGGGCUUUCACUGCUCACAAACUCCUCGAUCGACUCAAGAGUUUGAAGUUGGAUUCUGAAAUGUGGAGCGUGACGUCCCGAGCUUGA